UUGAAUGAAUUUGUCUCAUAACAAAACGACCUCAUAUAAGACUUGUUGUACAAAAACAUGUACAACAAAAAAAUUCAUAGUUUGAAAACUUAAAAUCCAAAUGGAAUAAUUAAAAAAACCAAUAAAGUAUAUACGAUCUAUUAUCGAUAAUAGUAAUACUUUCUAUAUGGCUAUGCUAGACAUCCGACUUAACCCAGUCGAAUAAGAUUUUUUAUACGUUUAUAUGUAACAUUCGUCCUCUACCAUUCAAAUUUAUCCUUUUUGAUCGAAAAUUUUCAAAUAAAAUAAGGGUCGAUUAUAGGCAGGUAAGUCUUACCCAUUUUUAAUAUGAUUGUGUACCCAAUCUUCCUCCCCUACCACAUUAUUAAAUAACACGAGAUCCAUGCAAGUAGCAAAGACCCAAAGCAAUAACUCCAUUAUUCAGCAGCCAUGACGUCACUAUCAGUUUCAUACAGAGUUUCUCCUCUCCUACUCCAUAUAAGACUUGUACCAUUCAACCAUUUUGCACCGAAUCCAUUUUUUUUCUCUUUAAAUCCCUAAUUUCCCUAAUUUUUUCCACAAAUUCUUUCAACCAUGCAAGCUUUAAUGAAUUCAGCCCACAUUUCGGCUACUAAUCCCUUGAAAACCUCAAACAAAUGCUUAAUUCCCAGAAAAUUUUCCGAUAAAUCUAUUCUUUUGAAUGUUUCUUGUGAAAAUGGGUUCAAACCUUCUUCAAAGUCUUUGAAGGCUGUUGCAAUGGAUUCUAAGGCUGUGGAUUCUCGUCCUCUUAUUGUCAUUGAUAAUUAUGAUAGUUUCACUUACAAUAUAUGUCAGUAUGUGGGAGAAUUAGGUACACACUUCGAGGUAUACAGAAACGACGAGAUCUCUGUGGAAGAAAUGAAAUGGAAAAAUCCAAGGGGAAUCCUUAUAUCUCCUGGUCCAGGUGCACCUCAAGACUCAGGAAUUUCAUUAGCUACUGUGUUGGAAUUGGGGUCCUCUGUACCAAUAUUUGGUGUUUGUAUGGGCCUGCAAUGCAUUGGACAGGCUUUUGGAGGGAAGGUUGUGCGCUCUCCAUAUGGAGUUAUGCAUGGAAAAAGCUCACCAGUGUACUAUGAUGAGAAAGGGAGUCAAGGCUUGUUUUCAGGCUUGCCCAACCCCUUCACUGCUGCGAGAUAUCACAGCCUUGUGGUUGAAAGAGAUAACUUCCCCGAGGAGCUCGAGAUUACUGCUUGGACCGAGGAUGGACUGGUCAUGGCUGCUCGUCAUAAAGAAUACAAAUAUUUACAGGGGGUUCAGUUUCAUCCUGAAAGUGUUCUCACUCCAGAAGGAAUGGGGAUUAUCAAGAAUUUCAUUAAGAUGAUCGAGAGUGAUGAUGAAUCCGAAAGUUCAUCUUAGAAGCAAUCUGAAAUGUGUAUGCUGUCGAAGUAGUUGCGUGAACAUUUAGGUUAUCUUGGCGACAAGAUCAACAGAACCUUGCAACGAAGCUUUUAAAGUGGUUAAUUAUGUCGAUAGCAGUUGUGUUCGGAUUUAGGUCAUCUUGGCAACAGUCGAGUCCUGUGUUGUUGCAGAUAUUGUAAAAGCUUCUUAUAGACAUUUUAUAACAGUACAGGUGUAAUGUGAAUUUAUUUAGAUCCAAAGGCUUCUGUAACAUUUAAGAUGAUCUUGUGUAAAUCAAUCAUUCAUUUUAUUUGGGAGUUGUUUAUGUUGUUAUCAACAAUAACUAGUUCAUGAGCUGGAUGUUUUUUGUAUAAGGGUGGUGAUUAGUUAUUUUUGUUAAAUGAAUUCUUUGGCCAAUAA